AUGUCGCCUCUCGUCGCUUCGUCCGACAAGCAAUUUGUGAUUCGCACGGGGACCAAAGACGACUGCCCUGCUAUCCUCGACUUUAUCAAGCAGCUCGCGGAGUACGAAAAGGAGCCGGAUGCCGUCAAGGCCACCGUCGAAACCCUGGAGGAAAAUGUGUUCAACAAGGGAUAUGCAGAAGUCUUGAUCGCCGAACAGCACCAGAACUCCUCGGUUACCCCAGUAGGAAUGGCACUUUACUUUUACUCGUUCUCGACCUGGACCUCCAAGCCGUCGCUGUACCUGGAGGAUCUGUACGUGAUCCCGACCUUGCGCAACAAGGGCGUUGGCAAGCUCCUGUUCAAGGCGCUCGGUCAGGUGGCUCAGCAAAAGGAAUGCGCCCGAAUGGACUGGUCCGUCCUCACCUGGAACGCGCCGUCGAUCGCGUUCUACACCAAGGUUCUUGGCGCCAAACCCAUGGACGAAUGGAAGGGUAUGCGUCUCGAAGAACAGGGUAUCCAGAACCUCGCCACCCUCAUCUAA